UCUUUGAUCUUGAGGCUCGGGUGUGCGCAUGCGCGUGAGCCGCGCUCGGCUUUACUGCACUGGCUGGGACUGAAGUUGGAUGCGCGGCGCGCGCUGUCUUCCUUCAGCUUGGUCCACCAGAAAUAAUAAUAAUAAAAAAAUAAUAAUCGAAAUUAUUGCAAUGGACAGGAUGAGGAAAUCGCAGUGUAUCUUCUUGAUAUGUCCUUUCAUCAUGACCGCUGUGUGCGCGCAAAGCAGAGACCCUAGCAAUAUGCCUGUAGUGAAAGACACAGUGGACAGACUGAUGAAGGGAUACGAUAUCCGACUGAGGCCGGAUUUUGGAGGGGCUCCGGUGGCGGUUGGCAUGAAUAUAGACAUCGCCAGCAUAGACAUGGUGUCCGAAGUAAACAUGGACUACACACUGACCAUGUAUUUCCAGCAGGCAUGGCGGGACAAGCGUCUCUCAUACUCGGAGAUCCCUCUGAACCUGACGCUGGACAACCGCGUGGCUGAUCAGCUGUGGGUGCCUGACACUUACUUUCUCAAUGACAAGAAGUCCUUCGUGCACGGCGUCACGGUCAAGAACCGCAUGAUUCGCCUGCAUCCUGAUGGCACCGUGCUGUAUGGAUUGAGGAUCACCACCACGGCAGCGUGUAUGAUGGACCUGAGACGCUACCCAUUGGAUGAGCAGAACUGCACACUGGAGAUUGAGAGCUACGGAUAUACCACAGAUGAUAUUGAGUUUUACUGGAGAGGAGGAGAAGGAGCUGUGUCUGGAGUGGAGCGAAUUGAGCUGCCCCAGUUCUCCAUCGUGGACUACAAGCUCAUCUCAAAGAACGUAGUGUUUUCCACAGGUUCAUACCCGCGCCUAUCGCUGAGCUUCAAACUGAAGAGGAACAUUGGCUACUUCAUUCUGCAGACCUACAUGCCAUCCAUCCUGAUCACCAUUCUGUCUUGGGUUUCCUUCUGGAUCAACUACGAUGCCUCUGCUGCCCGUGUAGCCCUAGGUAUCACCACGGUGCUGACCAUGACCACCAUUAACACCCACCUGAGAGAGACUCUUCCCAAGAUCCCCUACGUGAAAGCUAUAGACAUGUACCUGAUGGGCUGCUUCGUCUUUGUGUUCCUGGCCCUGCUCGAGUAUGCCUUUGUCAACUACAUCUUCUUUGGUCAGGGACCCCAGAGGCAGAAGAAGGCAGCUGAGAAAGCUGCCACCGCCAACAACGAGAAACUACGACCCGAUCCAAACAAGUGGAUGGUGGGAAAUGUAGUUCAGAGAGACGAUGCUCUGUAUGCCAGAAUGAAACAGAGGGAAAUUGACGUGUAUGACUCGAUGUGGGAUCCAAUCUUUGCCGACGAUGCUGCAUUAGGACUAGGCGAGCAGAGACUUAAGAUGAAUCCGGAUGAUAUCCGGCUGACCACAGUAGAGAUGAAGAACGAGAUGGGUCCUGGCGAUCUGUCCCGUGGUCUGGGCGACCCACGAGGUGCCAUGCUGUCGUACGACAGCUCCACUCUGCAGUAUCGACGGGCAGCGCUGGCACGCCACAACUAUGGCACCGGUGCACUGGAGAAGAAGAAGAGUCGUCUACGCCGACGUGCUUCUCAGCUCAAGGUCAACAUCCCUGACCUGUCUGAUGUCAACUCCAUCGACAAGUGGUCCAGGAUGAUUUUCCCAACCGUCUUCUCAUUCUUUAAUGUGGUCUACUGGCUCUACUACGUCCAUUAAGAAGGGUCCGGGAGAGGAUUAAGUACAAAAACAUUCAAAAGAUAAAAUAUAUAAAACACUGAGUCCCUUUUGUUUCUUGAAAAAUAGAUUUUAUGGAGGUAAAGGAGUCAGGAUUGGCUCUUUUUUUUGUUCUGAGAACACCAUAAUGACUGACAAAGACAAAUACACUAUCAACCAGACUGAAAGUUGCAGAGUUUUAAUAGAUCAUGUAUAUUGUCAUUCGUAACUUACUCUGUGGACAAAUAUUUAUGCUUGUGUUUGCAUAUAUUUUAAAGAUUUUUAUUUAUUUAUUUAUUUAUUUAUUUAUUUAUUUAUUUUGCUGAUUAUAUCUAUUUACUUUGUAGCCAAUGCUAUGUGUAUCCAGGAAAGUUUUAGAGCUGAUUUUUUUUUUCAAGGGCUCAUCCUUCAAAGCCCAUUUUUUCCCUAUAGUUAAACUGUUAGACAUCUUUUUAAAGCAUGCUUGAGUUUGUUUUUAUUUUGUCUACAUCUCUUGCUGUGAGAUGAAGCACAAUGCAUUUUCCUUUUGAAUAGUUAAAGCUCCUUCUGUUCUUUAAAAAAUAAAAACAUGUUUGAUUUGG